CGCUCUUCGACAGUCUUCGUCCUCGUCUCUGCUCUUGACUUCGGUACUUUGCACCUCAUACACGACCUUGUUGGCCCUUCAUCGGUGCUUUUCACGUGUAUUCCCUCGGUUUCUGUCUGCUUCAUCUUCUGAAGUUCGUCAAUUGAGUCUCUUUGCCCAAUAUGAGCGCAGACCAAGUCACAAUUGAGGAACUUCCAAGUUACGAAGACCCUGCAUACGACGCAGAAGAGGUGGAGGAUGAUGAUGACUAUGAGGAGAUCACGCAGGAGGAUUGCUGGGCCGUCAUCUCCAGCUUCUUCGAGGAGAAGGGUCUAGUCCGACAGCAGCUUGACUCGUUUGAUGAAUUCGUUCAGAACAACAUGCAGGAGCUGGUCGACGAGAACGCAGACCUCAUCUUGGAUCAGGCGGACCAGCACACGGGCCACGCGAACGACGUGACGCGUCGCUACGAACUCCAUUUUGGCCAAAUUUUCCUUUCGCGGCCGACGGUAACGGAGGCAGAUGGCUCUGUAGUACCCGUGUUUCCUCAGGAGGCGCGUUUGCGAAAUUUGACGUACUCUGCACCGCUGUACAUCGAGGUGCAGCGGAAGUUCUCGGUUGGUCGCGAGGAUACGGAAGGCCAGCCGGGAGACAUUAUUUGGGAUGUAGAGCUGGAUGAUACAGUUGCGGAGGAGAAGCAGAAGGUGUGGGUUGGCAAGCUUCCCAUCAUGCUUCGGUCAACUUUCUGCAUCCUCUCUGAGCUCACUGAGAAAGAACUCUAUGAUCUCAAUGAGUGCCCAUACGACUCUGGAGGAUACUUCAUCAUCAACGGCUCGGAGAAGGUUCUCAUUGCCCAGGAGCGCAUGGCCACAAACCACGUCUAUGUUUUCGCAAAGGCACAGCCCUCUCCCAUCAAUUUCCUGGCCGAGAUUCGUUCUGCUGUUGAAAAAGGUGGAAAGACUAUCAGUCAGUUCCAGGUGAAAAUGUACCACCGCGGUCAGGAGAAGGCGUCUGGAAACGUCAUGAAGGCCACUAUUCCCUACAUCAAGGUCGACAUCCCAAUAUGGGUCGUCUUCCGUGCACUCGGCGUCAUCUCAGACCGUGACAUCCUAGAACAUAUCUGCUACGACAUGCAGGACUCCCAGAUGCUCGAAAUGCUAAAGCCAUGUAUCGACGACGGCUUCGUGAUUCAAGAUCGCGAGGUUGCUCUGGAUUUCAUUGGUAACCGAGGCACUACGACCGGCCUUUCGCGUGACCGCCGUGUACGAUACGCGCAGGAAAUCCUGCAGAAGGAGAUGCUGCCUCACAUCUCGAUGUCGGAAGGGUCGGAGUCAAAGAAAGCGUACUUCUUUGGAUACAUGAUCCAUCGAUUGUUACUUGCUGCCAUGGAGCGGAGAGAGUUGGACGAUCGUGAUCACUUCGGGAAGAAGAGGUUGGACCUUGCUGGCCCGCUCCUCGCGAAUCUCUUCCGGAUGCUGUUUAGAAAGUUGACGAGGGAUGUGUAUCGGUACUUGCAAAAGUGCGUCGAAACACAUAAAGACUUCAACCUGAACCUCGCUGUCAAGCACAAUACUAUCACGAAUGGUUUGAAGUAUUCUCUUGCCACAGGUAAUUGGGGUGAUCAGAAGAAGUCGAUGGCUGCGAAGGCCGGUGUUUCGCAGGUUCUGAACCGGUACACUUACGCCUCUACACUCUCACAUCUUCGCCGGUGUAACACCCCACUUGGCCGCGAAGGCAAAAUCGCGAAGCCUCGUCAACUUCACAACACACAUUGGGGAAUGGUAUGUCCGGCAGAGACGCCCGAAGGACAGGCCUGCGGUCUCGUCAAGAAUCUGGCUCUCAUGUCCACCAUCUCUGUAGGUUCCCUCUCUGCCCCUGUCAUCGAAUUCUUGGAGGAGUGGGGUCUCGAGUCCUUGGAAGAGAACGCGAACUCGGCGACACCGACAACAAAGGUUUUCGUCAACGGCGUGUGGAUGGGUGUUCACCGUGACCCGGCAAACCUGAUCAAGACGAUCAAGAAGCUGCGUCGGAAGGAUGAUAUUCAUCCUGAGGUGUCGGUCGUGCGGGAUAUCCGUGAGCGAGAGUUGCGGUUGUAUACUGAUGCUGGGCGUGUCUGUCGUCCUCUCUUCAUUGUCGAGGAUCAGCAACUUGCACUGCAGAAGAGACACGUCAGGUGGCUCAAUGCAGGUCAAAGUGAUGAUGGACAGCCGUUCAAGUGGAACAAUCUGAUCAAGUCUGGUGUCAUCGAGUUGCUCGAUGCGGAAGAAGAAGAGACUGUCAUGAUCUGUAUGACGCCAGAGGAUUUGGAGAACUCGAGGCUGCAGGGAAGUGGCAUUGAUCCUCAUGCGAACGACGGUGAGUUCGAUCCUGCGGCGCGCUUGAAGGCCGUUUCGGGGAUGAAUACACAUACUUGGACGCAUUGCGAGAUCCAUCCCAGUAUGAUCUUGGGUAUCUGUGCUAGCAUCAUUCCUUUCCCUGAUCACAACCAGUCACCACGUAAUACAUACCAAUCCGCCAUGGGCAAACAAGCCAUGGGUAUCUAUCUCACAAAUUUCCUCGUUCGUAUGGACACCAUGGCGAACAUCCUCUACUACCCACAAAAACCCCUCGCCACUACUCGUUCUAUGGAAUACCUCAAGUUCCGAGAACUCCCUGCGGGCCAGAACGCCAUCGUGGCCAUUUUGUGCUACAGUGGGUAUAACCAGGAAGAUUCCGUCAUCAUGAAUCAGAGCUCAGUCGACCGUGGUCUUUUCCGCAGUAUCUAUUAUCGGAGUUACAUGGACCUGGAGAAGAAGUCUGGUGUACAGCAGUUGGAGGAGUUCGAGAAGCCGACCAGAGAUACAACGCUUCGGAUGAAGCAUGGGACGUAUGACAAGAUCGAGGACGAUGGUCUGAUCGCUCCUGGAACUGGUGUCGCCGGAGAAGAUAUCAUCAUCGGCAAGACUGCGCCAAUACCAGCCGACAGCGAGGAACUUGGCCAACGGUUGCGGACACACACGCGUCGGGAUGUGUCGACGCCGUUGAAGAGCACAGAGAGCGGUAUUGUGGAUCAGGUAUUGAUCACAACCAACUCCGAUGGCCAAAAAUUCGUCAAAGUACGAGUCCGAUCGACUCGUAUUCCGCAGAUUGGCGACAAGUUUGCCUCUCGUCAUGGGCAGAAGGGUACCAUCGGUAUCACAUAUCGGCAAGAAGAUAUGCCCUUCACUGCCGAAGGCAUUACUCCCGAUAUCAUCAUCAAUCCCCACGCUAUUCCUUCUCGUAUGACGAUCGGACAUUUGGUUGAGUGUCUGCUCUCCAAGGUUGCCACGCUCAUCGGAAACGAGGGUGAUGCGACCCCGUUCACCGAGCUCACUGUCGAGUCGGUAUCAACAUUCUUGAAGCAGCAAGGCUAUCAGUCCCGUGGGCUGGAAGUGAUGUACCACGGACAUACAGGGCGGAAAUUACAGGCGCAGGUUUACCUUGGGCCUACAUACUAUCAGCGGCUGAAGCAUAUGGUGGACGAUAAGAUCCACUCGCGUGCGAGAGGGCCCGUGCAGAUCCUGACCAGGCAGCCGGUGGAGGGUCGUAGUCGUGAUGGUGGUCUCCGGUUCGGAGAGAUGGAGCGCGAUUGUAUGAUUUCGCAUGGUGUUGCAGGAUUCUUGAAGGAGCGUCUAUUCGAUGCUAGCGACGCGUAUCGUCUGCACGUUUGUGAUAUCUGUGGCCUCACCGCUAUUGCCAACCUGAAAAAGCAAAGCUUCGAAUGUCGCGCAUGCAAAAACAAAACGGCAUGUUCACAGCUACAUAUUCCUUAUGCGGCGAAGUUGCUGUUCCAGGAACUACAAAGCAUGAACAUCGCCGCUCGUCUUUACACGACUUCCACGGGUCGUAUACGGGAUUGAUUCCUUUCUUUGGUCAUUGUAUUUGGUUUGAUCUCGAGUUGCUAGAUAACCACCCAUGUAUUCUACUCAUUAUAAUAACACUCGCAAAAUAAAAAUACCGUUGGUGGUGAGAGCGAGC